AUGAUCCCCAGAUAUCUCGGUCGACCGUCGCGGCACCUCAACGCCAGCGUGUCCAAGUGCAGGCGCCAUCUCUCCUCCUCUGCUACUCGAGCAGCUCUCCCUCGUGUCCCGUUAUACAUCGGUGGCAGGGCCGUCGAGAGCUCUUCAGUGGGGACGGUCACAAACUGUCAUGCCAAGACGGGCGAGAAGAGUUGCGAGGUUGUCGUAGCUGGAGAAGAGGAGACGUACAAUGCGAUCCGGUCAAGUAAAGAGGCCUUCGGGGUGUGGCGCGAUACGCAGCCGUACGAGCGGAGAAAGAUCCUUCUCAAGGCGAGAUAG